AUGUUGAAAAACAGCAAGCUUGGAUGGAUGCUUUCAGGACCAUAUAAGGAGCCAUCGAUGCAACCGAGUUAUGUAGGAUUCAUUUCCAAUGAUCAAUUAAAUUGCGAAAUAACAAAGUUUUGGCAAAUCGAAGAAAUAGACAGCAGUCCUCCAAUGCAGGGUUCGGACAAAAUCUGUGAAGACCACUUUUUAAAGACAGUUCACCGACAUGAAAAUGGAAGAUAUGAGGUGAGUCUACCAUUUAUUGAAAAUAGAAAGUCAGAACUUGGAGAAUCAUUCCAUCUAGCCAAGUCACGCCUGUUAAACCUGGAAAGACGCUUUAAAUCAGAUAAAAACCUUUUGAAUAAAUAUGCAGAGUUUAUGGAAGAGUAUAUUCGGUUAGGCCAUGCGCAAGAAACCACAGUGAUACAACAUUCAACUCAAGAAAAUCCAGUUUAUUAUCUUCCACAUCACCCCGUUAUAAAAGAAUAUGGUACAACCAAGUUGCGGGUAGUAUUUGAUGCUUCGGCUAAAACAUCUAAUAAUAUAUCAUUAAAUGACAUCUUACAUACAGGACCUAAGCUACAGCAAGAAUUAAUAUCAAUACUAAUUAGAUUUCGAUGCUGGAAGUAUGUUUUUAUAACAGAUAUUACAAAAAUGUACAGGCAAAUAAAAGUUGCUAAAAAAGAUCAAGAAGUGCAAAGGAUUUUGUGGAGAUGUGACCCAAAGGAAGACAUUCGUUGUUAUAAAUUAACAACAGUAACCUAUGGCACAUCUUCCGCACCCUAUUUAGCAAUUCGUGUUUUGAAUAAACUAGCAGAGGAUGAAGAAAGCAGUACACCUGUAGCAGCAGAUAUUAUUAAACAAGACUGCUAUGUAGACGAUAUAAUAACAGGAGCAAACUCCAUAACAGAUCUUCAUAUUAAAUCUGAUCAACUUGUGACAAUGCUUGGCCGCGGAGGAUUUUCUCUACACAAGUGGUCCAGCAAUAAUCAAGAAUUUUUAAACACAAUUGCACAAGAAAAUCAAGAAUUAGAAAAUACGUGCUUCAUUGAUAAAACUGGAAUAAUUAAAGCAUUGGGGUUAUUAUGGAACCCGACAGAAGACAUUUUUAAGGCAACAAUUCCAUCAGCAUUCCAAAGAACUUUCACAAAAAGAGCCAUUUUAUCAGCCAUAUCCCAAAUCUUCGACCCAAUGGGACUUAUAGCCCCAGUCGUAGUCAAGGCGAAGAUGAUAAUGCAAAAGAUAUGGAAACAGAAGACUGAUUGGGAUGAAGAAGUUCCAGCAACAAUUAAAGAAGAGUGGAAAACCCUUCAAAAUCAGUUCACUCUUCUAAAAGAAAUAAAGAUUCAACGGUAUAUGUUCAACCAAGAACCAAUAAAACAAAUUGAGUGCCAUGGAUUCGCUGAUGCAUCAAUGGCAGCAUAUGGAGCAUGCAUCUAUGUUCGGGCAAUAUAUAACAAUAAUUCUAUAUCAUCAAGGCUAUUAACUGCCAAAUCAAAAGUAGCACCAAUCAAGAAUGUGACUCUGCCACGACUAGAACUAUGCGCAGCAUUACUAUUAGCUAGACUUUAUAAGCACAUAAGUAAGGUAAUCAAUAUACAUUUUGACAAAACGUUCAUGUGGAGUGAUUCGACCAUUGUUUUGGGAUGGUUAAAAACUGAUCCCAGCAAGCUAAAAAUGUUUGUUAGCAACAGAGUGCAGGAGAUUCAGGAAACAACAUCCGGAAUAAUAUGGAGUCAUGUAUCUUCACAGGACAACGCAGCAGACAUAGUUUCGAGAGGAGUCCACUCCUCAGGAAAUAAUUAA